CUCGAGCUCCUCCUAUUUCUAUCGCUGCCCUAAUCUACCGCAGGAGAUCGCCGGACAAUUCCCUUCACUUCUAAUGGGAUCAUGCGUAUCCUACGAGGCCACGGCGGUGGCCCCUGUAAUGACGGCGAAGCUGAUCCUCCCGGACGGCGACCUCCGCGAAUUCGCGUGGCCUGUAAAGGCAUCACAUGCAAUUCAGAAAGAAACCGAUUGCUUUGUCUGCGACGCCGACGAUAUGGACUUCGACCGAUUCGUGACGGCGAUCCCCGCCGACGAGGAGCUCCGGCCAGGUCAGAUCUAUUUUGCUCUGCCGCGAUCUAUGCUUGGACAGCCUAUGCCAGCCGAGAAUCUUGCGGCGCUAGCGGUUAAGGCCAGCUCUGCGUUGAUGAAGGCCGCGCCGGGACGAAAUAGGGCGCUAAUCUUCCCGGAAAUGUGUUCACCGGCGACGACGGUGAAGACGACGGCGAGGAAGCGGAGGAAUGGUGGGAUGGGACGAUGCUUUGAGACGAAUUUGGGUGCGAUUCCGGAAUGAGUUGCAGGUGUGAAGGAGGUAAAUGAGAGCGUCUUUUGGCGGGGAAUGGCAAGGACGGACAAGGCGGUCCGCUGUGCCGCGGGGACGGGAUUUACGGCGGAUGGGAGUUGAUUUGAUAAGAUAUAGCACGGAGCCCAAAGGCGAGCGGCGAGGUGGAGAUUGUUUGUGGAUUUUGCGCUCUGCAGGAGCAGUUGCACCGCUUUUGUUUCAAAAAUUUUCAAAAAAAAAAUGAUGCAUUGA